AUGUCUGCCGAUACCGUUGGAAAGACCAUCACCUGUAAGGCUGCCGUCGCCUGGGAGGCCGGCAAGGACCUCUCUAUUGAGGACAUUGAGGUCGAGGCCCCCAAGGCUGGCGAGGUCAGAAUCCAGAUCUACUACACCGGUGUCUGCCACACAGAUGCCUACACCCUCUCGGGCAAGGACCCUGAAGGUGCCUUCCCCAUUGUCCUUGGACACGAGGGUGCCGGUAUCGUCGAGUCUGUCGGCGAGGGCGUCACCAACGUGAAGCCCGGCGACAAUGUCGUUGCUCUCUACACCCCCGAGUGCAAGGAGUGCAAGUUCUGCAAGUCCGGCAAGACCAACCUCUGUGGCAAGAUCAGAGCCACUCAGGGUAAGGGUGUCAUGCCCGACGGAACCUCGCGCUUCAAGUGCAAGGGCAAGGACCUCCUCCACUUUAUGGGAACCUCCACCUUCUCUCAAUACACCGUCGUUGCCGACAUCUCGGUUGUCAAGAUUACCGACAAGGCCCCCAUGGACCGUACCUGCCUGCUCGGCUGUGGUAUCACCACCGGUUACGGUGCUGCCGUCAUCACUGCCGGUAAGGGUGGUGUUGAGAAGGGCUCAAACGUCGCCGUCUUCGGUGCCGGAUGUGUCGGUCUCUCGGUUAUCCAGGGUUGCGUCAAGAAUGGUUCUUCUAAGAUCAUCGUUGUCGAUGUCAACAACAGCAAGAAGGAGUGGGCCGAGAAGUUCGGUGCUACCGACUUCGUCAACCCCAUGGAGCUCAAGGACCAGACCAUCCAGGAGAAGCUCAUUGAGAUGACCGACGGUGGCUGUGACUACACCUUCGACUGCACUGGUAACGUCCAUGUCAUGAGAUCUGCUCUUGAGGCCUGCCACAAGGGUUGGGGUGAGAGUAUUGUCAUUGGUGUUGCUGCUGCCGGACAGGAGAUUUCCACCAGACCUUUCCAACUUGUCACUGGCCGUGUCUGGAAGGGAUGCGCCUUCGGUGGUGUCAAGGGCCGUACCCAACUUCCCGAUCUCGUUGACGACUACCUGAGCGGCAAGCUCAAGGUCGAUGAGUUCAUCACCCACAGACAGCCCCUCGACAAGAUCAACGCCGCUUUCCAGGACAUGAAGGCUGGUGACUGCAUCCGCUGCGUCGUCAACAUGCGCGAAUAA